AUCCUUCGUGGACCUCUCCCUCGUCUGCCACCAAUUACGAUACUAGCUCUCUCUGCGGCUCUCCUGCAGUAGUUACUCUCUUUCAUAGUCCUCUCUUUUCUUGCCUUCUCAACGGCUCUUCGCCAUGUCGGACUCGGUAACCUCACCGCCUCUAACGUCUCCCUCGUCCCCAGCUCCUUCAAGUCCGCCAUCCUCUGAACCAUCAAGCACUCCGCCUUCCUCUCUUCCUCCUUCCUCCACUCCAGAUACUCCUUCCACAACACCUCCGGCCUCAGAGCCCAGUUCAGAACCUUCGCAACCUCCCUCUUCUGAGCCCUCACAGCCCCCAGCCUCCCAAUCACCUUCAUCUCAAGGUGACGCCUCCACUCCGCCCACUUCUACACCUUCGGACACAGGCUCAUCAACUCCAGCGCCAACAUCACCUCCUGCUUCGUCUACUAAUGGAUCGUCUUCCCAAGCUGGUGGCAGUUCAGAUUUCGGUAGUUCCAUGAUGACCAGUUUGUCGACUUCGACAUCUCUGAGUACACUCAUAGGCACGGAUGCAUUAGGUCAAACAUUUACGUCUACACAAACCAUUACAAGUGUGACCACGUCGACCGGCCUUCCCUCAGGCUCCAAUAACUCAUCCGACUCAUCAUCGCACGUGGGUGCGAUUGUGGGUGGAGUAGUGGGUGGAAUCGGCGGCGCUAUUCUUCUGGGAUUAUUGCUCUGGUUCUUACGCCGUCGCUCACACCACGAUGAAUUCGACGGCGACUUCGACCCUGACCGUGUCGUGCGACCAACUCACGGGCCCGACGUUGAUUUGCUCAAUGCCUCCGAAGUCACUCCUUACAGUUACGGUCACGACGGUGCCCCAUCUCAAGAUCCGAGUCCUGAAAUGAGCCAGCAUCCCAACGUUCCACCUUUCCUUACUGGCGGUAUCCCUAACCCACAGGCGAACGUUUCGCACUCACAUACAACGGCUACGUCGGCACCAUCCGGCUACUCACAGGGAGAGACGUAUUAUUCACCGUCCUCGUCGGGACACUAUUCCGACUAUGCUGCAUAUGCCAACUUCGCCAGCCAAGGUCAAGCUUCUUCAAACCUCACACCUGCCGGUGUUCCAUACCAAUCAGGCACGCCGUCCGCCAUCUCGACUGAGACGGGCACCGGACCUUCGACGGCAGCGUCAUUCAGUGGUAUGUUACCAUCGGCAAAGGAACGUGAGGCAGCGGCGUAUCGACAAGGUGGUCUGCACGUUGCAAAUGAUGAAGGGACGAGCGGACUGGUUGUUCAUCAGGAUGGUGGUAGAGUUCAAUCGACGCCUGAAGAGGAAGUGCCGAAUGAGAUCCCGCCUAGUUAUGAUUCGAUUCCGAGAGAUCAAAGAUAGAUUACAUCUUCGUUCGCUGUACUGCUAUUGACAUUCUGUUUUGCUUUGCAUGGACUUCAAAUUAGAGAUUGGUGUCACGUAAUUCUCAUGCUUCCAUUUCGUACAGGUUACGCUCAAGUUACGCUCGUCGGAUACCACAUGCAAUGAUCCUCGUAUCUCAUGGACUUGGACUCUACUCUUUGACAGAUGCUAGAGCAUGGGUGCUUGUGAGAGGAGACAUUAGUAGUGGGGUUGGGCAAUCCCUCCAAGGUUUAUUACGGCACGUGGUGCUUCCCAGGGACAAUUAGCGCCUCUUCACAGGUCUCUUCGGCUUCUGAUGAGUAGUCUACAGUCUAAACAGAAUUCCGUGCUCCCAUGAACUCGUACUUCCAUUAUUCCGCGCUGGAGUCAAGCGCGAUAAGCAUCCAGAGGGGUUCUUCAUGAAGUUUAUAGAAAAAAUUGUUUACUUUUGA